CUGCAGGAUGAGAUCAGGACAAGGCAAUAAAAACAGUUUAAACAUUUGUGGAAUUAUCUCAAUAGUAGUUCAGAUUUACUGUAACUGAGGCCCCAGAUGCUUUGGCAGUUCUCCCAGAGUUCAGUUCUCCAUAUAUAGACAGUCUAUCCGUUACUCCCCCCCAUUUUCCUGAGCAGCUCUUCACUUUCCUGUUACAGAGAAACGGAACUGUUAGAAGUCCCACAGAGUCACUGCUGUUAACCAAUGAGACGCCCCUCUACUCAGACUUCAAACCAAUAGCAUUUCAAUGCAGAAAGGGAAAGCAGCUCAGGGAUAUAAAAUGCAUGAAUGCUUCCCGCUUUGAGAAACAGACAUGUGGCAUUGCAGAGUGCAGAGCUUGACAGAGAAAUCAGAAACUAUGAAGCUGCUUCCAGAAAAUGUCACGGUGCUUUAUUUUGCCAGUGACUGCAUGGAGCCGUAUGUGGAGAUUAUCACAGUGAAGGACUCUAAGCGCAGCCUGAGUUUGUGUAGCUCAGAGUACUAUGACGAAGAAGAGCCUGAGUACCAGGAGGAGGUUGAAGAUUCUCUCCCUGUCCUGAACGACCAGAGCCAGCUGCUGGAUGACCAACACCUGGAGCGGCUCGCUGCCCAGAUGCCAGCGAAGACCUGGGGCUAUCCAUGGCAACUAGUCUACAGCACGUCCAUUCACGGGAGCAGCCUGAAGACGCUGUACAGGAAUAUGGCUGGCCUGGACUGCCCUGUGCUCCUGGUCAUCAAAGACAUGCACAAAAAGGUGUUUGGGGCUUUUUCUUCCGAUCCAUUCAAAGUCAGUAAAUACUGCUAUGGCACCGGAGAAACCUUCCUGUUCAGCUUCAACCCUGACUUUCAGGCGUACAGGUGGAGCGGCGAGAACUCCUACUUUGUGAGCGGCAAUUGGGAAUCUCUGCAGAUCGGUGGAGGAGGGGGCGGAUUUGGCCUGUGGCUGGAUGCUGAUCUGUACCGCGGCUCAAGCUUCUCCUGUCCCACAUUCCAAAACGAGUCCCUCUCCACCCAGGUGGACUUCAAUGUACUAGACCUCGAAGUCUGGACUGUGCAGAACUGAAGGCGGAACAUUUGAACAGACGAGCCAAAGGAAAAACCCACUAACCCAAGUUGCAAAGCGUUAUGACUUCAAGGGGUAUGUGUGGUUUUGUCUCUGCACCUGGUCCAGAUAAGCUCAUGUCCAGUAACAGAAUCCUGUUUUGGAGGUUCUUGUGCUGGACUUUCCCUUUAUGGUAGUUGGAUCUGUGCCUUUAAAAGACAAAGAGGUGAAAUCAAAUCCUGUUGUUCAGGGUCCUGCUGCACUAAAUUACUGCCUAGUCAGCAGUAGCACUGCGUUUUAAGCCCUCCAACCCUGUUUUGUGAAGAGCAUUACAAUACAAAGUUCACAGUAACACUGUUGAAUAAAACAUAUUGUAACUACUGUAGGCACAUUCAGGAUUUAAGGAAAGUAUUUUUCUUUUUCUGUCCAACAGCCAUGUACAUUCAAGAUACAUGUUUGUUUAUAGAGCAGACAAAACGAUAAUUAAAUACGUCAUGGUAGAAACACUGUGACAUUAUGGGACCUGCAAGUACACAUCCAGAUUCUAAUUGUACAUGUUGUUCUCUAACAUUUAAAAAACUACUGACCUUACCACUCAGGUUGAAAGUAUUGCACUAUAUAUAGCGUCUAGUAUUUUAUGUAUACAGUUUGUUUGAGGAAGAGCUCUCAAAUGUUAUCAACUGUCACUUCUAGUUUAGGAAGGUUUUUAUGCUUUUAAAUAGGCAUUAUUAAGAAAACGUUAUUGUUGUUUGUUUGUUUCAGUUUUUGUUUAUUUGUUGUAUAUGACUGUACACCAGGCGGUGCUGGCACUGCCAAUGUUUUUUUGAACCACAUUAAACAUUGUCUUUCCUGGUUGAAGACAUUUUCUUACUGAAAA